UACAAAACUUACUAUUGUAAGAAUAGCUUCCACCAAAACACCAUAGUUGCUACUUUUAUUGUUAUUGAUGUACAAUGUCAGUACAUUAGUACAGUAGUUUCAGCAAGGCGUUUAUUGGCUACAGUGCAGAUUACGUCAUGAAAAGCGCGACAGCGGCGGGUGUUUGUGUCUACAGUGAAAGUGAAGCCGGUGAUUUACAUGAAACAAGGCGCUGUCAUUAUAAGAUGGAAAGACUUCUGUGUGAAACACACGGCAGUACAUGCUUACUGAAGACCGGUGUGAAGGAAGGACCGAAUAAGGGCAAAAGUUUUUAUAUUUGCACUGCGCGUGAUGCAACGCCCUGCAACUUUACACUGUCUACAGAGAUCCCACCAUCGCACUGCCUUCAGCAUGAAGACUCCAUGGUUGAACUUCAGACACUAAUAUACAAUGAAAAACGGGACAAAUACAAGUUGUUUUAUCGCUGUAUGCUUGGAAAAUCUGAAGGACAGAAGUGGUGUGGUUGUGUUCCGUGGAGAGAGAAAAACCCUGAGAAAAGGACUGAUUUGUCAGAGAAAGAUCUUCAAUCCUCAAGCCUCACUCCUGUCAGAAACCCUUUCAAAGUCAAGACAAAACAGGACAAGUCUUCAGAACGCGAGAGAGAUCCAGAUGCUGAGAUCAAUGGUGAUAACAAACGUGUGAACGGUAAAGAUCACAGCAGUGCUAAAAAGAAAGAAGAGCGGUCCGAGACAACAGAGAUAGAAGGGAAUAACAAGAAUGGGUCAGAUGGUCAAAGCGGGUUGGACAGAGAGGGGAAAGACUCAGAGUCUUGGAGGAACAAGAAACUUCCCGCUGGGAUGAAGAUAAAGAAGAGAGCGUCUGAUGAUGAGAGGUUCAGGAGCACCGCAGAGAGUCCUGAGAGUCCAAACUCUGUGGACGAAAGUGUUCAAGGACCGAGUGAAUCCGAGACCAGCCUCAAACACCAGCAGGAGAAGAAGCCUACAAAAACAGGCGGCUCUGCACAGAGCUCAUCCGGAUGCGAUAAGAAAGCUUCAGUAGAGAAUGAAACAAAGGAUGACCGCUCAAACAAGCAAAGCACUGCUGCUUCAAAAUCAGCUCCGGAUAAAACUCAAAGCUCCGCAUCGCAGGACGGCCCAGUUUCUGAAAAACCCACAGCACUUAAUGUUCAGAAGGCCGUAGCGAAGCAGAGUCAGGCAGAGGACCGGUUUGGUGAGUGGAGCGACGAGGAGGAUGAUGUUCAGCUGGUGUCGGUACAGAGUGCUCCGACUCCAGCCGCACCUGUUCAGAAAACACUCACCUCUUAUCCUGGUUUCCAGCCUGCUUCUAAAGUCCAGGGUCGGUCUGAGGACCCCGGGGCCCUCCACAGCCAUCUCACAGCCCAGCUCAAGCAGAAGAAGGCCACUCUUUCAGUGGUGAAUGUGUCGGCUCUGCCAGAUAAAGGGGAGCGUUUGAAGAGUCAGGUGAAGGAGCUGGAAGAGGCUCUGGAGUCUCUGAGUCUGACCACGGAGUCGCUGUCUGAUAAAGAGUCUCAGGAUAAAGUCAAAUCGGAGGCAGAACAUAAAGCAGCACACAGCCAUUCCAAUCCAUUCAGUCGUCCUGGAAGCACCGUCCUCCUGCCCGCCGCUCCAGCUCUCGUGAUGAAGGAGUCCUCUGGUAGCUCACUGGGUCUGAACCUGAGCCAAGGCUACUCCCAGAUGUUUGGAGUGAAUCCUCAGAGCCAGGCUUUCUAUGGUGGCAGGAUGACUGAGAACAGACUGCUGGCUGUCCGCAAUGCCACCACUGAGACCAUCGACCAUCUGCACGACUCGCUGGAGUCCUGCCCUUCAGAAGACACAGAGGCACCGGAUCCCAAAGGAAUCAAGGUGGCGCUGUUGCCUCAUCAGAGGAGAGCUCUGGCCUGGCUGCUGUGGAGAGAGACACAGAAACCAUGUGGCGGAAUUUUGGCUGAUGACAUGGGCCUGGGGAAGACUCUCACAAUGAUCGCCCUCAUUCUGGCUCAGAAAAAGAAGAAUGAAAAACUGGAGGAAUGGAUUUCUAAAAACGAUUCAACCACAGUGGCUUCUCAGGGGACGUUGAUCAUCUGUCCUGCUUCUCUGCUGCAUCACUGGAAGAAAGAGAUUGAGAAGCGUGUGAAGAGUAGCCGUCUCAGUGUGUAUUUGUACCAUGGCCCCAACCGACAGAGGAGUUCAGGCGUCCUUGCCGAGCAUGAUGUUGUGAUCACCACAUACAGUCUGGUGUCUAAGGAGAUCCCGGUGCAGAAGGAGGAUGCGGAGAAACCCUCUAAGGACUCUGAUCAUGUGGCCACAGACCUGCCUCCUCUGUUACGUGUUGCCUGGGCACGUGUGAUUCUCGAUGAAGCUCACAACAUUAAGAACCCAAAAGUCCAGACAUCCAUGGCGGUGUGUAAGCUGCGGGCCCGAUCACGCUGGGCUGUUACUGGAACCCCUAUUCAGAACAACCUGCUGGAUAUGUAUUCACUCCUCAAGUUUCUGAGAUGCUCUCCAUUUGACGAGUAUAAGCUGUGGAAGGCUCAGGUGGAUAAUGGCUCAAAGAGAGGAGGAGAGAGAUUGAACAUCCUCACCAGAGCUCUGCUGCUUCGCAGGACCAAAGAUCAGCUGGAUGCUACAGGAAAACCACUGGUCUCUCUGCCUGAUCGGACGUGUGAGGUUCACAGGUUGAAGCUCUCUGAAGAUGAACAGGCUGUAUAUGAUGUUGUGUUUGCUCAAUCCAGGUCCACACUGCAGAACUAUCUGAAGAGACAUGAGGAAGGAAACACUAAAAAGGGUGACAGUAGUAAUCCUUUUGAGAAAGUUGCACGAGAGUUUGGGAUGUCUCAGCAGGAACCGCUGUCUUCCUCUCAGCAGCCUCAGGGCUCCAGCACCAUCCACAUCUUAUCACUGCUGCUGCGUCUCAGGCAGUGCUGCUGCCACCCGUCUCUGCUCAAGAAGACUCUGGAUCAGUCGGAGAUGCAGGGGGAUGGUGUAGCUCUGACUCUAGAAGAGCAGCUGUGUGCUUUGUCUCUAUCUGAGCCCUCUGACCCUAAAGACACUGUGUCCCUCAACGGCAACCGCUUCUCCUCUGAGCUCUUCCAGGACACUCGUGAAAGCACUAAGAUUUCAGCCAUUCUGACAGAGUUGAGAGAAAUUAGGAAGAAAGAUCACAAAAGUGUGAUUGUGUCUCAGUGGACCAGCAUGCUGCAUAUCGUUGCUGUUCACUUGGAGAAAAUGGGGCUAAAGUUCUCAGUAAUUGAUGGCACGGUCAAUCCUAAACGCAGAAUGGACCUAGUGGAGGAGUUCAACACUAACCCUAAAGGACCACAGGUGAUGCUGGUGUCUCUGUGUGCUGGAGGUGUGGGAAUCAAUCUGAUUGGAGGGAAUCAUCUGUUUCUCAUGGACAUGCACUGGAAUCCAGCACUAGAGGACCAGGCCUGUGAUCGGAUCUAUAGGGUGGGACAGUCGCGGGAUGUUACAAUUCACAGGUUUGUGUGUGACGGGACAGUUGAAGACAAGAUCUCUUCACUACAGGAGAAGAAGAAGGAACUGGCUCAGAAAGUCUUGUCUGGAACUGGAUCCUCAUUCACUAAACUGUCUCUGGCAGAUCUCAGGGUCAUCUUCGGUGUGUGAUAUGCAUUUUAUUUCAUAAAACUAAUAUUAAUCUACAAACAUCAUUUUAUCUACUUUCGUUGUUGUCUUGAAUCCGUUAUUGUAUUUCUAGGAAGAUAUCAUGAAAUCAAAGACUUUAUAUUCAAAUGGCUAAUGUUUACAUUGAAUAAAUUUAAAGGAUGUCACUA